AUGCCGGAAAAGCAGCACUGUGCGCCCCAAAUCCACGGCGCAGAGAAGCUAAUGGAUGAAUUCAUCCUUUCACACAGCAUUGCCAGCCCCUGCUGCCUCCCCAAGGUGAAGAUCCCAGCGGAUAGGGAGAGAAAGUUCGGGCUUGGUUACUGGGAGGCCGUACGAUGCGGUAGGUGCGGGUUCACCACGCCAAGGCGCAAGCUGUACGAGGAAGCGGAGCGUCUUCCUGGCCGCACGAGAGGCCCCUUGCCCGGUAAGAAGAAUGUGCAGCUCACGCUUGGAUUGACGAAAGUCCCAGCCGGGCCGUCGACGCUCCACACGCUGUUCUGCAGCGUCGAGCUGUCGGGACCCACCAAGAGUAGCUUGCACAACCUGGCGACUGGGCUGGCGGGUCCACUCAUAUCCUUGACACAGCAGGCCCUUGCCGACAACAGGGGGCGAUUGCGGCAAGUCAUGGAGCUAAGGGGAGAUCAGGUGGAAGCUGGCAAGCCAGCGGGCUCAGCCGCAGCAAUGGAUUGUUGCUACAAUAACCCCUGUUACAAGGGGUUCCACCAGAAAUCCACACAGGUAGCGCUUCCCGUUAGGGAACAGGAAACAGCUGAAAACAUGCUGAUUGGUUUCGGCUUUGCAAACAAAUUUGGAAAGGUCGGAGAAGCGUCAACCUAUCCAAAAUCGCAACCUAUGGAAAUGCAGAAGAAUGCUGUGGCCUCCGACCACACCCCUUCCUACCUCCCCAGAAAGAAAUAUCUCUUACUAACUGGGGAGGACAGAAUCGGGCUAACUGAAGUCCUUGAUUCGAAGUUGUCGGAGGACAAAGCAAUGAAGCAGCGCUACUUGCGGUCCACGAACAGCGUUGAGGCAAUGCACAGACGUAUGCACAAGUCUCUGCCCAAGUCUUUGACUUUUAAGACUCUGGGUGAGAUGAGGGCUUACAGUGCUAUGCACUCCGCUGUGUCAGGCGGGAUGGGGGAAUCCCUAGCCCGUCUAGGACAGCACUUCGGGGUCGCACCACGUCCAGGCGGGGAAGCGGCUCAGAGGUUAUUGCAGCUAGACCGAGAGGCUGACGCUGACAAACGUCGCCAACAGUCCGAUGACCACCGCACACGUCGGCACAGGGCCUCGCUCAAAACUGUGUCAAAACGAGUGGAGAAACUGAUGUCUGACAGCUCGCCACCAGUCCUUCAUCCUGAUGAACACGCUUACUUAAGAUCAGAGGAGUCGGAAAUAUUACACCACACCACGGCAGGGGUCAUCAUCAUCGGGGAUGAGAUCCUGAAGGGGUACACACAGGACACCAACACGCACUUCAUCUGCAGAAAACUCCACUCCCUCGGUGUGAAAGUUGAGCGUGUGUCAGUGAUCGGAGAUGACCUCCCCACCAUAGCGGAUGAAGUGGCACUAUUCUCCAAACGCUACACCUACGUCCUUACAGCUGGUGGGAUAGGUCCGACACACGAUGACCUCACCUUCCAAGGGGUUGCCAAUGCCUUUGGGGAGAAGCUUGAACCCAACCCUGAAUUAGUGGAACUGUGUCAGAAGUACCUCGGUGCAGAUGCCAAUGAUAUGUCCUCACCACGAAUGAAGAUGGCCCUCGUACCCAAGAGCGCAAAACUGCUCUUUGGUUACGACACGAAAACCAAGCAAAAAUCUCGCUUCCCCAUCAUCAACGUGCACAACGUGUUCGUCUUUCCUGGCAUCCCAGCCCUGAUGGAGAAAGCCCUGACCAUGUUGGAAAAUGUGUUUUCUAACAAGGAUGUCACCUUUCAUUUCAAGGAAGUUUAUGUCAGUGCUGAUGAGACGUCCAUUGCACCAUACCUGAAUAUCGUUGAUGCCAAAUACCACAGUAGGGUACAGCUGGGGUCCUAUCCAAACUGGUACAAUAAUUACUACAGAGUCAAGCUGACUCUGGAAUCAGAAUCGGAAGAGGACUUGAAGGAAGCCCAUCAACAUCUGCUCAGUUUGCUGCCCCCAGAUAAAGUAGUUAACUAUGUAGAGAGAGAUCCUGUAGGACAGGCAGUACAAGAGGUGUAUGGCCUGGCACACAAAGAUGGAGAUCCUCUCGGCAUCAAGGUCAAGGCAGCUUUGUCAGUAGUUGAGGAGUGUCUGGAGAAGUAUGAAGUCCCAGAGUUCUGUGUGAGCUUCAAUGGUGGAAAGGACUGCACAGCACUGCUGCAUCUUAUACAUGCUGCUAUAGCAAAGAAAUACCCAGUAGGGCGCCCACAGCUACAGGUGCUUUACAUCCAGCGACCUUCACCAUUUCCAGAGACUGAGGACUUCAUCAGCAAAACUGCAGAAAGGUACAACCUUAAGAUGCACACCUUGUCAGGAGAUUACAAGGAAGCCUUACAUGAGUUGAAGAGGACCCAGCCCCAGAUCCAGGCUGUGUUGAUGGGACAGCGCAGAGGAGACCCUUAUGUGUCACGCACCAACAUGUCAGCCUUCUGCAUGACAGACUCAGGAUGGCCACAGUACAUGAGGGUUAACCCCAUGCUGGAGUUCACCUACCAUGAUGUGUGGGGGUUCCUACGAUCACUCUACCUGCCAUACUGUAUACUGUAUGACAGGGGUGGGUACACCUCCCUGGGGAACAUGGUCAACACCAAGCAGAACCCCCACCUGAAGUACGUGGAUGAGUUUGGAGUGACGAGAUACAGGCCGGCAUACAUGCUGGAGGACCAGACGGGGGAGAGAGAUGGCAGACAUUCCUAACUCACUCAUCACACUCCAGCAGUGCCAACAUGUAACAUGGUGUUAUUAAUCUCAACUUUUCUGUUCAAAAUGACAUUUUCUUUAAAAUAUGAACGAUAAAUUACAUACUGUACAAGCCAGAUAAUUCCUCAACAGAUUAACGCACAAUUCUGUUGAUUGCACGGAAUCCCAAAAUGCCUAACUGGUGCGGUCCAGCUGGAUAACUUGGCAUUGUUGCACCACCUAGAUAAUUGCAUGAAAUACUCUGAAAAAUGGGGUGUUUGCAAUUAAAUGACUAUAUAAGCUAAGCCAUGGGGCACUUGCUGUUACAAGUUGUAGAUGUUUAUUCCCUUCUAUCCUGGACACAAACUUGUGUCUAGCUAUAGACUGACAUGACUAGUGGAUGAUGUAUUAGGCAGUUUUUUAAAUAUAGUUCCACUACAUUAGAUAGGAGUAUUUGAUAAUAAUGACAACUUUGCACAAUUUAUGUGUCUUCUUUUUAUGUGAAAAGUAGCAGAUUUGCAGUUGAUUGAGAAUUCACAGGCAGGAGACCAAAUACAGGAGUUAGCGGUAUUAGGACUUGGUCAGAUUCACUGACAAGAGUAGCCAUUUUAUUGUUAUGCAAAUACAAAAUUCUUCAAAACCUUAGGCAAAUGUGUAAAUAGUGUAUAUAAUUCAGGAAAUGUCAAAACUUGAGAAAAUUCCAUUUUACAUGUGACAAAUCAGCCUGAAGUAGAUGAUAGGCUUUUUACACUAAGUCAUAAGAAAUAACAGUAAACAUAGUGUAUACAACAUGUGUAUACUUUUCAUAGCAGAUCAUGGUUGAUAAUUCAAACCAACCCGGGUUGAGCCAAUGAUAGUUCUUAGUCAGUUUCUCAGGGACAUUAUAGAUGGCCAUGACAUGUUAUUUUUAGUCAUUGAUUGGGUAAAUCAUUCUCUAGAAUGUGAUUUUUAGGCACUUGACUGUCACUUUAUUAUGAAAGAAUUUACCCGUUUCAGUGCAUGUAUUCAUGUAUCUUGAAUAAAGUGGAAUUGUGACCAAA